AUGGAAGGAGGGCCCCAAGAAGACCCCCACCAAUUGCAGCCACUGCAGCAGCAGCAGCAGCAGCAACUGCAGCAACACCUCGCACAGCAGCAGCAGCAGCAGCCGCAGCAGCACAGGCACUUUGGCUUCUGGAGAAGGUCCCGCCACGCAGGGAUGCAUGCCCCCCUAGGGCAGCACCAGGGCCUGCUCCCGCACCAGCUGCAGCAGCAGCAACAGCAGCAGCAGCAGCAGCCACAGCAGUCUCUGCUGCUGCUGCAGGGGCUUUUGCCGAAUAGCCGCUCUUCUUCCGCCCAAAAACUGCCGUUGCAGCAUCAGCAACAACUGCAGCAGCAGCAGCAGCAGCAACUGCAGCAGCAGCAACAGCAACUGCUGCAGCAGCAGCAGCAACAGCAGCAGCAGCAGCAGCAAACCCACUGGGAAAGACUGCAGCAGCAGCAGCUGCGGCUAGAACACAUACGAAGGAUGCAGCGGCAUGUUGCAGAUCGGCAGCUUCAGCUUCAGGAGGAGCUCAGACAGCCGCUAAGCCAGCGCCACCGCCUGCAGCAGCAGCAGCAGCAGCAGCAGCAGCAGCAGCAGCUGCAGCAGCAGCUGCAGCAGCAGCUGCAGCAGCAGCAAGAGCAGCAGCAGCAGCAGCUCUUUGCGCAAGCUCAGGGAAUUUCUUCACCUUCGCCAGACCUGGGUUACGUACACUCGCGGCAGCAGCAUCUGCUGCAGCAACAGCAGCAGCAGCAGGAAGACCUUUAUCAGCAACAGCAGCAACAGCUGCAACAGCAGCUAGAGCAGCAGCAGCUGAAGCACCACAGGGGGUCAUCGACAAGCCUUCAAGGCUUUUCAGAGCCACAAGAUGCUUCUGGAUCUGUGCAACAAAUAGAACAGCAGCAGCAGCUGCAUCAGCAGCAGCUACAGCUACAGCAGCAGCUACAGCAGCAGCAGCAGCAGCAGCAGCAGCAAGUGCAGCGGCUCCCAGGAGCUCGGUGCAUCAGCACAGAGAAUUCAGCAGCAGCAGCCGCAGGGGCGAGCUCAGCACCCGCAGCAGGAGCACCUGCCCGCUCAGCAGCAGCAGCAGCAGCCCCUGCAGCAGCAGCAGCAGCAGCAGCAGCAGCAGGUGACCUUGAAGCUAGCAGCGAAUGGCUGCCACAAGGGCUCUCGAGGAAGCAGCAGGGCCGCCAAGGUCCCUCUAGCCGUUCUGAAGCUCACAAGAAGCUGCUGCUGCAGCAGCAGAACCAGCAUGAGCAGCAGCAGAAGUUUCUGCAGCAGCAACGGCAGCAGCAACAGCAGCUGCAGCAACAGCAGCUGCAGCAACAGCAGGCUUUGCAGACUGAGCUUCAGCGUAGCUCGCUUCAGCAGCAACGCUUGCAGCAGCAGCAGCAGCACAAGAUGCGCCAGCAGCAGCACCAGCAGAGGCCAAAAGAGGAGCAGCAGCAGCAGCAGCAGCAGCACUGGUCCAAGCUGCAACCCAUGCAGCAGCAGCAGUCACUGCAGCAGCAGCAGUCACUGCAGCAGCAGCAGUCACUGCAGCAGCAGCAGUCACUGAUGCAGCAGCAGUCACUGCAGCAGCAGCAGUCACUGAUGCAGCAGCAGUCACUGCAGCAACAGCAGUCACUGCAGAAUCACCAGAAGUUGUUCCAGCAGCAGCAGUCACUGCAGCAGCAGCAAUCACUGCAGCAGCAGCAAUCACUGCAGCAGCAGCAGCUAGAGCAGCAGGAACAGCCGCUGCCUCUGGAGCAGCGAAGCGAAGGCGAUCUUGCUGCGCAGCAGCAGCAGCAGUGCGAGCAUCAGGAGCAGCAGCAGCAGCAGCAGCAACAGGAACUGCAGCAGCAGCAGCAGCAACAAGUAGGAGCAGCAGAGACACCGCCUUCCCGCAGGGAUAGAGAUGACAUUCCCAUUAAGGCAACAGCAGCACAGGAGUUCUUUCAGCGGCUGCUGCAGGAAGAUGCUUUGCUGCAGCAGCAGCAGCGGCAGCAGCAGCAGCAGCAGCAGCAGCAGCACAGACUGCAGCACCCCAAAGCAGCGGAAGCUCCUCGCACCCGCAGGUCGCUGUCUAUCAAUCGCCCAGCAGCAGCAGCAGCAGCAACAGGGGGAGCAGCUGCGGGCCCGAUCACACCGCAGCAGCAGCAGCAGCAGCAGCGACAGCAGCAGCAGCAGCAGCAGCACAAAGCUGCGCCCAGCAGAGGAGGAACCCUCGGAGCGAACAGCAGCGGCAGCACCAGCUAUUUGCCUACUGACUCUCUUGAGGUGAAAUUCUAG